UACUGAAGCAAUACUUGCGGGAGCUACCUGAAAAUGUGCUUACCAAAGAUCUGAUGCCUCGGUUUGAAGACGCUUGUGGCAAAAGCUCUGAAGCUGAAAGGUUGCAGGAGUGUCAGCGCCUUCUAAAGGAGCUGCCAGAAUGCAACCUCUACUUGAUUUCAUGGUUGAUUGUUCACAUGGACCAUGUCAUAGAGAAAGAACUUGAAACUAAAAUGAAUAUACAAAAUAUUUCUAUUGUGCUCAGUCCAACAGUUCAGAUCAGUAACCGCGUUCUAUAUGUAUUUUUUACCCACGUUCAAGAACUCUUUGGAGGAAUAGUCAUUAAGAAAGUAAUUAAACCUCUUCGUUGGUCUAAUAUGGCCACCAUGCCUGCGCUGCCUGAAACACAAGAUACCAUUAAAGAAGAAAUCAGACGACAGGAAUUUCUGUUGAAUUGCCUGCAUCGGGAUCUUCAGGCUGGUAUUAAGGAUCUCUCUAAAGAAGAAAGGCUGUGGGAGGUGCAGAGAGGAUCUUGACGGCUCUUAAAAGGAAGUUGCGAGAAGCUAAAAGGCAGGACUGUGAAACAAAAAUUGCGCAAGAAAUUGCCAGUCUUUCUAAGGAAGAUGUUUCUAAAGAAGAAAUGACUGAAAAUGAAGAAGAAGUUCUUAAUAUUCUGCUUGCACAGGAAAAUGAAAUAUUAACAGAACAAGAAGAGCUGGUUGCAAUGGAGCAGUUCCUGCGACGUCAGAUUGCAACAGAGAAGGAAGAAAUUGACCGUCUGCGAGCAGAGAUUUCUGAAAUUCAAAGCCGCCAGCAGCAUGGUCGGAGUGAGACAGAAGAGUAUUCAUCUGAGAGUGAGAGUGAAAGUGAGGAUGAGGAAGAGCUGCAAAUUAUUCUGGAAGAUCUGCAGAGACAGAAUGAAGAGCUGGAGAUCAAGAACAACCAUUUGAACCAGGCAAUUCAUGAAGAGAGAGAGGCCAUCAUUGAGCUGCGAGUUCAGCUUAGGCUGUUACAGAUGCAGCGCAUGAAGUCCGAACAGCUGCAGGAGGAAGAGGAGCCAGGGAGGACAGGCAGCAGACCCCAGCUGCAGAGGGACACUGCCUCUGAAUCAAAACCACCUAAAGACAAGACAAAGGAGCAAGUAAGACCUUCUCCAAUUAAAGACUGGAAAGAAACGCUUAUCUGA